AUGUCAGAAAGAGAGAGUUUAUUUAUUCCUACCUUCAUCUAUAUAGAGUUCAUCCAGCUUUACAAAGAUAAAUUAGGAUUCUCUGAAUCAACCAUGAAGAGUAUGUUCAACGCCUGUGAUGCUGAUAAGGAUGGUAAAAUUGAUAUAAGAGAGUUUGCUUCAUUAAUCAGUAUCUGUGCAAGUGGUAGCUUAGAACAAAAGUUAGCAUUCCUCUUUGCCAUUUUCGAUGAUGAUCAAAACGGACAGCUCGAUAUCGAUGAACUCAAUAACAUUUGUUCGAGCAUUAUCAACAUUGGCAAACACGGUGGUAAAUCAGACACAGAGAUUCACGAAUGUAUUUCGCAACUUAAACAAGCCGAUAUCAAUGGUGAUGGAAAGGUUUCCAUCGAUGAAUGGAUCAUUUUCGGAACAAAGAAUCCAAUCAUUCUUUCUUUACUCAGCGGUGUCCACAAAUAA